AACUUCUUCAAACUGCAUAAACUCCGCGCCCUCCGGCGCAAGGCGAAGCUCAAGGGCGUCCUCAUCAGGACCGACCCAGCCAUGGCCACGGCCGGCGUUCCCAUUUCCCCCUCGUCGUCCAAGCGCUCCCGUAGCAAGGACAGCACGCGAUCAGUCACCACCUCGUCCCUCAACACGCCCGCCGCCAACACGCCCUCUGCAAGCACCAGCAGUCUCGUCAUCAACUCGUCCGUCACAAGCACCCCAGCCACAGGCCAUGCACAUGGCCACGAUGCUGUCCCGUAUCCCGCCUUCCUGACGUCGCCCAAGGACAUUCACACCAAAUGGAAUCGCUUGGAGAUGGCCCAGGUCGAGCGCCUGAGGGACAGCACCCAGGCCGGCGCUUCGGAAGAGGCUCCCAAGUGGGCGAGGUGCUUCGGCGAGGAUUAUGCCAACCGUAAUCGCUACAUCAACGUUGACCCAUACCAAUCCAACAGAGUCCACCUUGAGGUACCAGACGGCCAUUUCGACUACAUCAAUGCCUCGCCCAUAGUGCUCGAGACGACAAAGUCUGCGACGGAGCUCAAGUACAUUGCAACACAAGGACCCAAAGCAGACAGCUGGUCGCACAUCUGGCGCAUGAUCUGGAAGGAGAACCAUUCGCCCGCAGUCAUUGUAAUGCUGACCCAGACCCACGAGGCGAACCGAGAGAAAUGCUACCCCUACUACCCGCAAUCCUUGUCGAAUCCAGAUAUGCGCAUCAACGAGCACGACGAGUUUCAAGACGGCUUCAUACACAAUCUCCACCUAGCCUCGUACACGACAGACGAAGAGGCUAGGACACAAGUAAGGGAAAUCGACAUGACAACAGAUGAUGGCAGUGAGUCGAAAAAAAUCUGGCAUCUGCUCUUUGCUGGCUGGCCUGAUUUCUCCGUGCCUGAAGGCGACGAUCGCGCUGGUAUGCUGAAGCUAGUGGAUAUAUCGCGGUCCAAGAACACGGACAAUUCGACCAACCCACGAAUCGUUCACUGCAGUGCAGGUAUCGGCCGCAGCGGAACCUUUAUCGCGCUUGAUUGGCUCAUGCAGGAGCUCCAAGAGGGCGCACUGGACGAUGUACCUGACGACGAAGAUCCUAUAUUAAAGGUUGUCGAGAUGCUCAGAGACCAGCGAGCUGGCAUGGUUCAGUCCAAGGUUCAGUUUCUCUUCAUCUACGAUGUCCUCCGUGAGCAAUGGUGUGAACGGUGGAUCUCUCAGCAUCCGGACGAAGCAAACCGACUCGGUCUCGCCACUGCAGCAGCUCCUUCUGACGGUGUAGAAAUUACUUCUGACAAUGAGCAACCUGCACUCAAGCGCCAGAAAUCGAUACACAAUAGCGAAGCCGCCGAGAGCCUCCAGCUCCCACUACUAGCAUCACGACCGUCGAGUUCACGGGGCGCUUCGAGUUCACCAGCGCCAGACGCACGCGCACAGUUAGAGGCUGAACUUCAGGAGGCCGACCUGGAGUACGAGAAGGGCAAGACUUAGUGGUUUUUACCAAGAGCUCGUCGGACGCACAUCAAGGUGUCAUCAUGGAUUUCAUCUCCAGUCGUCCAUUCAUAUCAUACCUUCGAUAUUGUCCCGCCUUCUGAUCCUGGCACUCCGCCUAUGAUCGUGGUUACUGGCGUGGACAGCGAUAUUGAGCAGCAGGACGGUGCUGUCGAUCUUGAAGCAAACGAUCAACCCCCUGCUUACAGUCGCGCACCCCCUGAAAUCACCUUGCUAGAUUCACGUCCUGUUUUCGCGUACAUACGCGGCCCUCAACAUAUCGUUUUGUUGACAAUGGGUGUUAUUUCGGUCUUGGUUGUUGGCUUUAUGUUUGUGUACUGGGAUACUCUAGAU